AUGAGCGUACCAACAAAUAUAGAAGGUAAAAAGACUAAGCUACUUUUAAUUGGAGGAACAGGUGAUGGUAAAAGUUCACUUGGUAAUUUUAUUUUGAAGAAGAAUGCUUUUGAUGUCAAUGACAACCCAAAUCCAGUGGUUAAACCAACAAUGGGAUUUUAUGGAGAAGGUGAUAGAAGUGAUAUAUUUGUUAUUGACACUCCUGGUCUUCUAGACUCAAGUGAAAUGGAUGAAAGUCAGUUGAAUCAAAUGAUAAAUUACAUUAAUGAACAAAAAGGAGUAGAUGGUAUUAUUCUUGUUUUGAACUAUAAUAGCGUUGUUUUUUUGGAUAAUCUUGAAUCAUUGAUUAAAAAGUUGUACAAUGAAUUUCCAGUUUUUGAUUUCUGGAAACAUGUUUGUAUUGUAUGGACUAAGUGUUUUUAUUACACUAGUGAGAAGAAAUUGGAAAAACAAAUGGAAAUCAAAAACAAACAGUACCAAGAACAAUUAAAAAGACUUGAUAAAGAAACUACUGGAAAAGAAGAUAUUACUUUCCCCAUGUUCUUUGUUGAUUCGCAACCAGAUGAAGGGGGAGAUAAUAGUAGAACGGAUAAAGAAAUUGAAAAGUUUUUAGCAUGGGCUCGUAGUUUAUCUCCAAUUAAGCCAAUUGAGAAAGUUAUGAAAGAAAAUACUGAACCAAAACCAGUUGUUGAAGAAGAAAAAAGAGAUACAGAAGGUAAAGAAGAAACAAAAAGUUAUAUAGAAUUUACUGUUGAGGUUAAGAAAAGAGUGAAAAGAGUUGGAACUGAUGGAAAAGUAAGUUACAAUGAUUGGGAAGAAAUAGUCACCGAAAGUAAAGAAAAACCACUUCUAAAAGAAGACUCUAAUAAUUCAAAAGAAGAAAAUCCAAAAGAAGAAAUUAAAAAAUACUGUAAUGAUUUUUUAAAUCAUGUUUCCUCUUCAUUUUGA